GUUUGAGAGGGCUGGUACCACAUCGGCGCUGGGGCGAAGGGAGGACGCAAAAAAGCAUAUGCGACGAGAUGAAGGAUAAACUCUGUGAGGCAGAAGGGUGUGAAACAAAGGCCCUUGUGGGCACACUACCGUAGGAGAGUCGGGAGAGGCCAAAGCGUAUGGGGCUUGCACGACGGGAGGGAAGACGGGCGUGAGAGAGGGAGGAGCGCGGCUUCUUCACAGGGAGGGCCCCAUUAUUCGCCCCCUCAACAACGACAACAGCCCCCUCCACAACCCACAGGCACAACAACCACACUUACUCGGCAACCAUACGGGCAGCCCCCUUCCUUCUCACCCACUCUUUCCCUGCUCACAGCCCUCCUCCCCAGAAAAGAGACAGAGCAGGGGACUCAACUUUCAACCGUGGCUUAUCCCAGCACCCUCCGCCACAACGCACACUCUCACGACAAUGUCCGCUACCCCCCACAACCCCCUCCACCGCAAAUCCUCAACGCCAUCCUUCACAGGAACAGGAAUAGCGCCCGCUGCCGGAGCGGGUGAUCACCCGCACACUGAAUCAUAUGCACAUACGCAACAUACGAACCACACCAACCAUACGAGCGACCAGCCGAGCAGGCAGUUUUUGACUGCCCAGAAAUUGAAGGUGACGGGGGCCAAGGUUUGGGCUUGUGAUCGAUGCUAUAGGUUAAAGAACAAAUGCGACUCGCAACGACCUUCUUGCGCUGUGUGCAAAAAGGGCAAUCACGAGUGCACGUACGAGCGCAAAGCAGCAAAGGCAAAGACGCUAUCCCCAGCUCCCGAUGAUCCGAAUGCGGCGGCAACGCAACUACCGCCGCGGCUGCGACCGGGGGCGAAGAGUGAAAGGGGCAGUGGGAGUGUGAAUAGUGUGAAUAGUUUUAUGAAUGGAGCUGUGCAGAUGUUUCAGACGAGCAUGUUGCCGGAUCCGAUGUUGGCUCAGCCUGUCGUUGUUCCCACAAACACACCCUACAUGGAACUACUCCAAACCCGCCUUUAUGAAGUCGAAGAAGCCGCCCGCAGCAUGAGCGCCCCGGAACGCGAACCUCUCCUCUACCAACUCGAAAACACAAUGCACACCAUGAACGUCCACCACCCGCACCCACAACAACAACAACCCCCAUCCCUCACAACCCCACCCUACGCCUACCCCGAAUUCCUCGGCCCAACCGGCCUCCCCCCACCACCCUCGACCUACCAAACCUCCGAAGACCCCGUCCCCCAACGCAUCGUCUCAAACAUCUACUCGGCCCUCCCCUCCGAAUCCUCCCUCUUCUCCUCCGACGUCAUCCUCUACCUCGUCCACACCUUUUUCCGCGAGAUCGCACCCGCGUGGUAUCCCAACCCCAUCCACGAGGCGACGUUCAUGGCCGCCUUCAACGAGCAGUCUCCACUUUUGAUUUUUGCGAUGUGUGCCGCGGCGGCGAGACGGAGCGAUCACCCGAUUACGCGCGCGUAUGUCGCGAGCAAACGCGUACCGCUGUAUCAGGCCGGUGAACCGUAUUUGAUGAAGGCGAAGGGAAUGAUUACGAGGUUUAGGGGCCCGCCGACCUUUGAGACGGUGGUGGCGUUGGUCACGAUGGGGGUUGCUGCUGGAGCAAUGGGAGAUGUAGACCUUUCUGUGCAGCUGAUGACGAUGGGGAUACAGACUGCGCUCAACUUACGGCUGGAUACAGAUCCGGACCAGGAGGAGGUGCAUGGGCGGAUGACGUGGCUGCAGAAGGAAUCUCGGAGGAGGCUUUGGUGGACACUGUGCAUGUACGACCGCCAACCGAAACCCGGCCUAGAAACAGUCGCUGCACAAAACGUCCCGCCCAUGAUCGGCGACGCCUCCCUCUCCUCCCCCGACCAAUUCUGCUUCAACGGCGUCUGCACUAGCCCCUCCACCAACCCUCCCGUCCCGGACCAGCUCUGGCUUUCCGUCACCGACCAAUACGGCGAACCCAACCCCUCAACCUUUCAAUUCGGCCUCGACGUGGAUUUCGGCGCCUUAUCCGGUCGACUCGCGAAAGUGUUUUACAAGAUCCAGAACUUCCAUCAGAGUCUGCAUGGGUGUCCGGACCCCUCGGCGCUCACCAUGCAUUCCUUGCCGUUUCCGGUCCCCUGCGUCACGUCCCCCUGCGUAAAACCGGACCCAGCCGCCGCGCAAACGACGGAAAAUCUGCUCGCGGUCGAACUCCAAGCGAUCAUGGGCUCGCUACCGGACUGGGCGCGCGACAUCGACGACUACAAGGAGUUUUCCCCGGAUAUCACGUCACGCACCCCGCCGCCGUGGCAGUUGUUGACCCAGCAUAUCGUGUACCAUGCCCUGAACGUGUGUCUGUUCCUGCCGAGCGUGCUGGCCCAUGCGGAUGCGUUACGCGGGCUGUAUAAAUCCACUGACGGGGGACAUACGCCAAGUCCGUUCGGAUCACCCUCACAGAAUGAUGCAACCCCACCCCCCCCACCACCAACCCACAUAACCCACGCCUACCACCGCUGCCGCUACCACGCGACCAGCAUCGCCUCGCACCUCCGUCGCCUGAUGUCCCUCAACCCCACCGCGCGCUGGGUCGACUGGUACACGCUGUACCUCGCGUUCCGCUCCGCCCUCGUCUUUGUGGUCGUGCUGAAGACGGAGGUGGAUCGCGAGGAACUGGUGCAUGCGCGCAGGGAUCUGGAGAUCCAUCUCGCGGUGAUGAGGAGUGUGGGCAGGCAUUUGUGGUUUGCGAGGUGGAUUACGACGUGUGUGGAGGGGAUUAUUAUGGAGGCUUAGGGCGCAAGUUGGGAGAG